UUGUAGCGCUCCUCGGGUCGCGAUGGCAAAUGUCCGACAAGGACGACACCAGCAACUUUUGUCGUGUUUGUAAUGUUACGGAGACAUUGUAAGUCGCCGAGGAAACUACCCUCUAAUGUGAACAACAGACGUGACACAAUAUCUCAAGUUCGAAGAUGUCACAUGGAUGUAGAGUUUCUGUGGAAAAGAUCCAGUCCUGGUGGGAAGUCCCCGCCAUAGCGCACUUCUGCUCGCUGUUCAGGACCGCGUUCAACCUGCCAGACUUUGAAAUAGAGGAGUUGGAGAAGGCCCUGUCAGAGCAGGACUCGGACUUCCUCGGGGACCUCAUUGCUUGUCUUUUGCAGGGUUGCUACCAGCGCAAUGACAUCACCCCCCAGGCAUUUAGCAGUUACCUGGACGACAUCAUCAGCUACCGGUGGGAGCUGGAGGAGGGGAAGCCCAACCCACUGCGAGAGGGUCCCUUUGAGAAUCUCCCUCCUCGCACUCAGGUGGAACUGCUGCACCGGCUGUGCGACUACCGCCUGGAUGCUGCUGACGUCUUUGACCUGCUCAAGGGACUGGAUGCAGACAGCCUGAGAGUGGAGCCGCUGGGGCAGGAUGGAAAUGGAGCCCUCUACUGGUACUUCUAUGGCACUCGCAUGUACAAAGAAGAGCCAGUCGAGAGGAGAGCAGAGAAGAUCAGUGAAACCACUGAGCUGACAUUACCAGAGAAAAAGAAAAGGGGAAGACCACCAAAGAAGAUAAAACUGGAAGAACCUCAGCUAUGUGAGCUGGAAAGUCAAGGGACAGAAGUGAAGUCAGAAAACGAGCUGGAAGAUCUCCGCCCUAGCACAGGCCUUAAGCGAGGCGCUUGGUCGCUUGUGUGUGAUUCGGAGGAGCAGUGGGUCAGUCUGGUAGAGAGCAUCCAGGACAAACCGUCCCCACAGGACCGCCACCUCCACCGGGUCAUCAGCCAGAACUUCCUGCCGGAGAUCCGCAGCAUGAUUGAGCACAAGGAGCGGGAGCAGAAACAGAAGCUACUGGACCCAGCCCCAGUUCGCAUAUCACAACGGUUCUCUGAAAAACACUUAAACCAAGAGGAGGAGGACAAUCUGAAGGCCAUAGCAGAGGAGGAGGAGAAGAGGAAAGACGAAGAGCUGGACAGGCAGGUCCUGCUGGCCGAGCAACGACGGGAAGAGGAAAGGCUUCAGCAGGAGGAGCAACAGAGAGAAAAGAUGGAGAAGAUCAAAGCUGUGGAGGAGCGAGCAAAGAGGAGGAAGAUGCGAGAGGAAAGGGCCUGGUUACUGUCUCAAGGAAAAGACCUGCCACCCGAACUCCUCAAUUUGGAGCCUUCUUCUCCCGUCCACAGAACACGCAGGAAUAAAGCAUUCUAUGAGAUUGAUGACGACUACACUACUCUAUACAAAGUGCUUGAGGUCUUGAAGGCCCAUAAAGAUGCUUGGCCUUUCUUGGAGCCUGUGGAUGAUUCUUAUGCCCCCAAUUACAAUGAGCUCAUCCAGACACCGAUGGACCUGUCCACCAUUGAAAAGAAGCUCAAUGAUGGGGAGUACGUUGCUAAGGAGGAGUUUGUUGCCGACGUGAAGCUCAUGUUUGAGAACUGCAUUGAGUACAACGGAGAAGACAGCGAGUACACUAUCAUGGCGGAGUCUCUGGAACGGUGUUUUAGCCGGGCCUUAUUAAAACACUUUCCAUCGGAGGACGGCGACACAGAUGAGGAGUUCCACAUCAACAGCGAAGACAAGGACCGCAAGGACAAAAAGCGCAGCCGGGGCAGCAGUAAACAUUUGGGACCUGAAAGUCUGAUCAAAGCCACUGAGCAAGUCCAGCGUAAGAGAAACUCCCAAGGGGGCAAGGGCAGCUCACUCUCGGAGGAGGACAACAGACAAACACGUCCACCUCCGCCCCUUCACUGGGCCAAUGGCCCCCCUCACCCCCACAGCCUGCCUCAAAGCCAGCAGCACAUUCAUCGAGGAGACAUCAGGGGCAUGUACCACCCAGGGCAACAGCUUCUUCGUCCACCUGGCCCUCAUGGCCCACACAUGUACGGCCAAAGAAUGGCCAUGGAUCCCCGCUUCUCAUACCCAGCUCACAUUAGCAGGCAUGGAGACCCCAGUUUGAACCACUUUCCCCACAACUUUAACAUGCAGCAUCGCAUGGUUGAGGGAUGUCACAUGGGUCCUAGGUAUCCAAUGGGCCCAGAUCCUAACCAACAGCAGCCUCCACACCAGCCGCAGCACCCCUACAUGGGUCCGACUCAUGGCCCGUCUCUGGGCCCACGUCCGUUGGGCCUCCAGCCUGGCCCUCCUCCUGAAGCCAGCAUGUAUCCAUCCCACCACCGUCCAGAAGGACACACCAUGCACCCCUUGGGCAAUAGAUUCCUAGGGCCAGAAAGACCACCUCAGCACAACUACCCAGGCUUGAGGCCUCCCGGUAUGGGCCUAUCGAACAUGUGGACUGGUAUGAAUCCCCAGGAGAGACCCAAUGGGAUGGGAAUGCAAGAUCCCAACAUGGUAAACCAGCGCAACUUUAGUUACGGCGGAGUCCCCCCUCCAGUGGGGCAUAAACCUUGGCCAGAAGCCGCUGGAUACCCCCACCCUUCUCCCAAUGCCCAGUAUCAAAUGUCUGCAGCGGUCAGUUCCCCGGGCCCCGUGUCCUCACGCCCCCCUGUUGCCCACCCAGACUCCUCUGGCAGGACACGCUUGGCUUCCAUGCUGCAAAGCCCAGAGAUGCUGGCCCUGCAGCAGCUGUCAGCCUCUUCUGGACCCCCUGCUGGUACCCCUCAUCAGCACAUGGGCAACUUUCAGCAGCCUGGGCCCCCAUCAGGAGUUGGCAGCAUCCCAGCUCACCCCUCUCAGCAGCCUCCCCCUGCCCCUGAGGUUCAGCUGCUGCGUCCUGCUAGAGACAAUGGGCCAGACAGCCAGCCUUCUCAACAGACAGACACGCUGCCCAAAGACUCAACAUCAGAGAACAAGAUGGCAGCCAACAUUUCGGAUGAAGCUUCAUCACCCCAAAUCCCGGUUUCAACAAACCGAGAGCACCCGUCCAUUCGUAGUCCCACAGAACACCUCGUGGGGCCAGCAGAGAGAAUGCAGAGCCCCCCCGCCUCUAACUCGGCCAGAUUAGAGGAGAAUCCGUCCGGACCAGGGUCGCAGAGUUCAACAAAGAGCCACAAGCAGGAGGUAGAUGGCCAGAGACAAUCUGCCAGCCACUGUCCCAUUCAACACAUAAGUGCCACUACUGUUUCAUCCCAUCUCAACCCAAGUGACAACAGCUCCACUGACAGCACCCACCCCAACCACCCUCAGCACACGCAUAACAGUCCACAGCAAAAAGCUCAAAGCCCCGCACUUCUUCACCAGAACAUAACGCCGCUGCAUGUUGCAGCAUCUCAGGAUUCCACUCAGCAAAUGUCCGGGAGCAACUUGUCACACAUGCAGGAUGCACAUCAGCAAAGUGAGCAGCAGAACAUCCAAAAACAGCCGCAACCUCAGGCAACCCAGAGUAUACCGCCCCAAUGCCACCCACGGAGCUCUCCCCAGCCGAUGACCCAGAGCACACGGCAACAUAUUGCUCUUCUAUCCCCUCACCACGUGCCCCAGAACAACUCUCCACGUCCUACACAGAGCAGCCCCAUGCAUGGGAUGCCACAGAGUGCCACACAAGGAGCCCAGCCCGGACCCCCUCAGCCAGUUCCUCUUACCUCGUUGCCACCCAGUCAUCCCACCCCACUACUACCUUCCCAGCCUAGCCCAGCAGACCAUGGAGAUCAAAGACCUAGUGAGCCCACAAGUAGACCGGACGCAGACGGUAAUGCCGCUCCUCCACAGCACAUGAUGAAGUCUGGCCCUCCAAAUGGUAUUUAUAAACACCAGGACUUUAGCCCCAAUCACCAUCAAACCCAGGUGGUCGGUAGUAACCCAGGUAUGCAGGCUCACAGAGGGCCGGCACCUGCUCACAAUCCAGCCAUGCCUCCUCACUCCCAAGGCCAGGUAAAUGGAGCCAUGGGUCCAUAUGCCAUGGGGAACCACCUACAUCCACACUACAGCCAGACUAACAUGACCAGGCCCAUGCCUCCCACUGCUCACCACCCUUAUCACAACCAGGCCAUUAACCCCCUCCACAACCCUGCUCAGCACCCCACCUACCACCAGCAGGGAGGGACUGCCUACUCCUACCACACACCAGGCCAACAGCACCCUCAGGCGCACCCCAACGUGUACCCAACUCAUCAGUACCAGCAACAGCACUACUUCACACAACCUCAGAUCCAUAACCAGGCCAACAGUAGAGGAAGUUAUCCUCCAGAGGAGUGGCAUCGGCCUCAUUAUCAGGCUCGCCAACCGCUGCCACCCAAUGGCUACCUACCUGUAGCUAGUGCCAGAGGCAACGGUCAGCUGAAGGAGAGCAGCGUGUCACCCCUGGGCUCUGAGGGCUCCAGUUUGAUGUCCCCUGGCCCUGUGCCUGAAGUAGCGCCACACCCUGGAGGCCCAGAAGAGAGGAAGGGUGAAAGCAGGGAGCAGGCCAGCGGAUGCAACGGCAGUGGCGGCAGCCCUGCGAAGCGGGCUCACGAGGAGAGCUCAGAGCGACCCGAGAGCCCCAAAGAAAUCCUGGACCUCGACAGCCAUAAUGCUGCUGCCCGCCACCGUAGCACCCAGCCAACUCAACAGCACCACCCUGCCUCCGCUGCACACAUGGUGUCUGGCUUCAUGUUCGACCCUUGUGCCGUGCACCCUGGGAUGCAGCACGGUGGCGUUCCUCCACCCCACAUGAUGUUUCAGACUCGCGGAAAUGGCAACAGAGCUCCUUACCCUGGCCAGCCAUACCCAGAUCCAGGACGCUAUGCCGCCCAAAGACCUCACCCACAUCUGAUGGAGGCUCUGCAGCGGCCCCAGCAGCUGCCUUACUCGCCGGGUCAGACACGCAUGGUCAUGUACAGACACCCCCGGCCUGCGGGGAAUUUCCAGGGCAUGAUGAUUCAGCAGAGAGGCCUGCCACCAGAACACUUCCUACACCCAGGGCAGCAGAUGAUGGCUGCUCCAGGAGGCCCUAGCAGUAAAUAAGGAGUGUGACAAGAAUCAUAUCAGCAUGUUCAUAUCACUAUGGAGAAAGCAGUGAUCCAGAAGGAAGAGUAUGUGGGUAUGGUUUGCUCCACAUACAUUUCUUAAUGAUUUUCUUACACUGGACAAGAACCUUUUGGCUCCGUUUCGCCCACCGCUGAGCUUUAAGAUCCAACCAGGCAGCUGGUAUAACCGACAUGAUAAUGUGAAAUGUUUUUGAGCCCUGGAGAACAAUUCUUUCCUCCACAUGAACUGGCAGGGAUUCACUGACUUGCUCAAGGUCACUUCACCACAGGGGGUUUCCUCCCGUCAUGACUGUUUGAGCCAGGGUCCUCCCAGCAGAAGAACCACCAGGCCAAACCUGCCCAACACAGAACACUGGACAGCCCUCUCCUCUUUGAGCAAUGGGGGGUAUGAAUGGAGUAAAGGACACUGAACACAGCCUGCUGCCUAUCUCGUCCUUUGACUGUAGUGGUUGAUGGAGCUGAGGAGGGGAUGUGAUGGAGACGAGAGGGACUGUUGGUUUUUUUUUUUUACUGAUAUUUUCUGUUCCAACCCUAUCUUUAAACUCAGGUGUAGAAAAGGAAGGUUCUAUGAGACUGUCACCCAAACCCAGUCAACUCACAGGCCCCUUGCAAUUGCCUUGAUUACCUUUGUGAAUGUAUGAGUGAAUGUAUAGACAAUAAAGUGUGUACAGCAGGUUAGCUGCAUGUGAAAGUACACAAACACUGAUCAUUUGUCUUAAGCAGAAACCGCUGUCCAUGUCCACCCCUACUCUAACGGUGUUUCUCUAGUAAACACGCCAUAUAUGCAUCUUUCAAAGCUGCCUUCAUUGUCCAGAAUGUCUUUGACUAGCACAGAGUGACAGGCAAAGAUGGCGCAAAAUUACAUAACUCUCUGUUCUGCACUGUGGAUUUUAGUCAAGACAUCUUGGAAUUGAGUGGCCUUGGAUAGUCUUAUUUUUAGUCAAACACAUCUAUGUAUGAAAAUAUAUCCUUAUCUCUUAAGUGACAUGUUCUGCUAGCUGGUAAAUGCACAUACACAGAACAAAGGCAUAAAAUCCCGCUCUUGUUUUUUUAGUUUUUUUAAAUUGACUUUUGUUUCAUUCCACCUAAACGUGUGUACUUUCUUUGUUCAUUCACGGCUCUGCCCUUUGCAUGGCGUCUUCUUUUGAGUGCUUCCUCUUCCCCAUGUCGACACUAAACAGAUCCUCAGGGUGUACAGUUUCUCUAUACGGGUAUUUUUCUGCAUUAUUUGGAGGAGCAGCAGCAGAAGGAAAAUGGGACUGAAACUGGCAAAUAGAUCCACCUCACCACCACCUGUCUUUUUUUUUUUCUUCCCCAUUUUAAUCAAAGUGGAUUUGAAGUGAGAUGGAUCAAAUUUGAGUUAUUCCACAUUCCUGUUUUUUUUUUUUUUGUUUUUUUUGUUUUUCCCCCUCAUAACUGAUGUGGUCCGUGCAGGUGUGGUCCUGCACCGUCACCGUUAGGUCCGUGUUGCAUCUGUGAAUCCCACUUGUGCAGUUCAGCGAUGACAGUAAAUUAAUCUACCUCAUUGGCAUCUACUGAGUCCCUGAACUUCUUUUUGUACUCUGCCAGACUCAUGUGGGUCUGUGACCAGCUGAUGAUUUUUAGCACCACUAUUAGUUUGUAGUCCUACUGAAAUGAAUGAAAUGGCCUGACAAUGCAGGACCAUCUAGGUCACAGGUUGCUGUGUCGACUGGCUGACAUUCACAGGCGUUGUGUAAUUGAACCAAUCCGUGAAUCUUUGAAAUGGGACAGCAUUUUCUUUAUCAGUUUUUAAAUGGUGUGAUGGACAAUACAGCAUCUCGUGUCUGUAAAUUGGUCUCAAGUUGUACAGAGUGCAUGCCUUUCUGACUGAAGUUUGUUGGAACUAGACAAAGUAGGUGUUAUUCCAGUCUAGGGUCUGUAAUAGACUGCAUAGAGUGUGGCGUCAUUAUGGGUUUACUAUGUUCCUUAGUAGUAGGUACCUACGGCAUUGUAAGUAAAUAUUUGAGGGAGGAAGAUGGAAUAGGAAAGUGCAACAAGCUGUGAGACAAUUUUCUAAAUGUGUCACAAAAGACUAUGUUGUUCAAAUAGGGAAUUGUCUCAAUAUUUAGUGGGCCUAAUAGGGUCACUUUGGAGGUAGUGCGUUCACUUGCGCUGUCUAAUGCAUGAAGGACAGUGUUGGUUUUAAAGGUCUGAGGUUGUGAUGCUGUACAUAUGUUUGUGUGUGUGCGUGCGUGUGGUUCUCUGGUUUGUAGAAUCGGCACCAGAUGAUCGGAAGUGUGCAUUCAUCUCUCAUUUUACUCUGCUGUCAUCUCUCUGCACUAGUGAAAACCAUUUAGACGUGAUUAAAUGUGAAUCAUAUUUAUUUUCUCUUUUACGCAUUUUUGUACAUUUUCGGACUUGUUUUAAUAUAAAUGUGGUGUAUGUUUCUAUUUUUUCUUGAUAUUUCUUGUUUUUUGUUUUCAGCAGUUUUCUUUUACCUCAGUAGCAUGGUGGCAUUGAAAAAAAGAGAACUGUACCUUUUUAAUUUUCAGUGACGUUUACAAGUUCUUAUCUGACUGACGUAGAUUAUUUUGGAAAUGGAACAGAGUAUUUUCUAUACUGUACAUUUCUUAGAAAUAAAUCACUUUUCUCGAA